UCCGGAAGAGGUGUGGUCCUGUCGAAGAACCUGGAAAAGGGCGCAGGAAAACGGCAGGAAAACACAGGUACUGGUGGCCGACGCACCGAGGACCUGGAACCACACAGAACCGGGCUCCUGGAUCUGGUUUCACAGCGUGGACUGGACCGGAUCGGAUCGGAUUUAGGACCGGGACGGAGGUUUGGAGGUUUGGAGGACGAGGCUCGGUUGAGGAGCGGUGGAGCUGGUUUCAGUACCGAUAUGGAUCUGUGGUCUGGGGUGGUUUGGGGGUAAAAGAACCGAGAAGAACCGGAGAACCAACAGUUUGACCAACGGGAGACUAGUCAGGCAGGUCGGCGCCGGGUGGCCGGGUCAUGGUGAUGGACCAGGACACUCAGUGGCUGUACCAACUCUUGGCUGAGGUCCAAUUGGAGAACUUCUACCUGCGUGUCAGAGAUGGACUUAACAUCACCCGCAUCGAACACUUCGCCUACGUCAAAGAGUCGGACCUGGAGCAGAUCGGCAUCAGCAAACCGGCACAGAGAAGAUUGUGGGAGGCUCUGAAACGCUACAAAACAAAUUCCCGGUCACGAUCAUGGAUGGCAAAGGUAUCAACUCACCUACAUCGUGUUAAAUAUGAGCUGAACAUCACAUCUGUACAUUCGGUUCAUUCAUUCAUUCAUCUGUGGAUGCAGGUGUUCAACAGCCGAAGUGUGGACAGCGACCAGUGGACCGGAGGAAGUCCUGCUCAGAACCAGGACAGCAGCAGCCGGGCCCUGCCCUGUCUGAUCCAGGACAGUGAGCUGAUCCUGGGGGAGAAGCUGGGCUCGGGGUCGUUCGGCGUUGUGAAGAGGGGGGAAUGGCACACACCGACAGGGAGGGUGCUCCAAGUGGCGGUGAAGUCUCUCAGGAGCAGCAUGUCGAGGCAGACCGAAACCCUGACCGACUUCCUCCAAGAGGUGACCACCAUGCAGUCCUUAGACCACCCCAACAUCAUCCGACUGUACGGCGUGGUGCUCACACAGCCCCUGAAGAUGGUGACUGAGCUGGCUGCUUUAGGUUCACUCUAUGACACCCUCCGCUCGCGUCAGUUUGAGUACCCCCUUCUGCGUCUCUGGCUCUUCUCCACCCAGAUUGUGGCCGGUAUGGAAUAUCUGGAGAGCCGCCGCUUCAUCCACAGGGACCUGGCGGCGAGGAAUGUCCUGCUGGCGUCCAGGGAGAUGGUCAAGAUCGGCGACUUCGGUCUGAUGAGGGGCCUGAGCCACGAGGCCGAUCAUUACGUCAUGUCAGCGCACAGACGGAUCCCAUUUGCCUGGUGUGCUCCAGAGAGCCUUCGUGUGGGCUCCUUCUCCCACGCCUCCGACGUCUGGAUGUUAGGCGUCACCCUGUGGGAGAUGUUCACCUACUGUGAGGAGCCGUGGUUCGGUCUGUCGGGCAGACAGAUUUUAUGGCGUGUGGAGCGAGAGGGCGAACGCUUGGAGAAACCGCCGGAUUGUCCACAGGAACUGUACGGCAUCAUGAGGAAGUGUUGGUCCUGUAACCCAGCGGAGAGGCCCACAUUUGGACAGCUCACCACAUUAGUAGCAGAGGCCAAACCGAUGGAGGUGCAGGCAACGAGGGACUUCAAUGAAGCCAGAAAACUUGUUCUCUCAGCCAAUGACUUAGUGACUGUCGUAGACCACGGUUUGGAUAUGAGCGAAUGGAGGGGUCAGAACCAGCGAACCCUCUCCGUCGGCUGGUUCCCCGCGGGCCUCAUUAUGCCGGUGGUUUCUCCCGCUGCCCCCACCACCAUUCCUGCCAGCAGCACUGCCCCACCCCCUCCUUCGACAGCCCUGAUCUCGGCCCCUCUGAAGGGCAGUCUGCAGCACACCGGGCAUGGAGACCUCCACCCCAAGAAGUCCUGGGGAACCCCAGAAAGCCUGGACGAAAGUGGCAGCUGGAGGUCGGGUCCAGUCAGGCAGAAGGAGGGCUCUAAUCUGCAGAAAAUGGCAGGUCUGUCUCGGAGCCUGGAGUCGGUCCUGGGUGGAUCCCGGCCCAGAGCUCAGACAGUGGUCGGGGUCCAAGUGGACCAUCAGGGCAGACCCCUGACCAGUGUGAUGGCAGCUCGUAGCGUGGUGACACAGCAGGACCCCCGUCGCUUCAGCGAGGCCAGCAUCGUCCCGCCUCCCCGGCCGCCUCCCCCCAACCUCAAACGUCUGAACAUGAAGUCCCAGAGGAGGGCCCCGGUCCAGCAGAUCCCAGGCUCCUCGUGGCCUCCACAGGUGGUCCUGGCCCCUCCCAUGAUGCCAGUGCCGGUUCACCCUCCUCAGCCCCCGCCUCAGCAGGUCAUAGGAGGGUCCAACCUGGUUAAGAUGGCCCACAUGGCCCGAUCCACCCCCCAGCUGGAUGAAGCAGCAGACAACAGAGAACGAACCCGAGAUCGAUACCGUGAGAAGUCACCGCACGUUCAGCACACGAGAGACAGUCUGAUCUCACAGGUCAUGGAAGCGGUCCAUGGAGUAACCACUGAAGAGGUUCACGCUGCUCUUCACCGGAACGAGUGGAACCCUGUUAGAGCUGAACAACAACUGAAGUUGGAGCAGCUGUACUCACUGAGCCUCUGCUCCAAAGAGGAAUGUGUGAAGAUCCUGUCCAAGUACCAGUGGAACCUGCAGCUGGCCAGCAGAUACCUGAUCCGAUGGUCCCGGGAGGACCAUCGAGGUGAUCGACCGCAGAUCAGCUCAGAAAGACGAGUCUGAAAUGGCUGUGGAACGUUCAUGGUCUGAGGAAAGGACUCAUUUAGUCUACAUGAAACCGGAGGGAGGUUGUCUCUGUGAAUGUAAAGAUAAAUGAAGAUGCAUGAGUGCAAAGAUUUUAUUUGAGGACUGUUUUUAUACUUUUAAUGAGAUGUUAUCCUUGACAUCAGCUGAAAAUGCAUUUUAUACCUUAGUGAAUGUCUAUAUAUUGGUACAGUAAUAGCUAUUUGUUGAAUAAAUUGAUGAUUUAUGGAACGUUCUCUUUUGUUUUAUUACAAAAUAAUGCUAAGUGUUAUUGUGAAGACCACUUAAACUGGGACUCAGUCAUAACCAAAGCUAAGGUGUAUUUAAAACCAGAAUGCAAUGGUUUAAAAACCUUAUAAGAUCAUAUUUUAUUCACUAUAGGAAACAUCACCUUCCUAAAAUAAUUCACAGUCAUUUUUUCCCAGAUUUUUAAGGAAACACAAAAAACGUAACCAGUUAUUGCACAUUU